GAUAAGAUAAUCUAUAAAGCGUGAAAUUUAAAAGUACUCUUCGCCGUCUCUCUCAUGGAAAAUUAUUUGGCGUUGGCGUUUUUAGUCUCGUUCCUUACCACAGUUUGUGGAGAUGAGAGUGUUUGUAUAAAUAAUGUGGAUGGCCAUUAUGAAAUAGGGUGUCGUUCUUACGUCAUAUGUUCCGGAGGAACGGGCGUGAUCCAUAAUUGUCCGGACCCACCGGCCGUCAACACCGUCUAUAAUGCAGCCAAAGGCCACUGUGAUAAUCCUGAUAAUGUUGGCCGUCCGUGCGGACACUGGCAGGACUGCUCUAUCCUCCCUAACAAGCGGUACGCCGACCUCUUCACCAACUGUACGUCCUACUACACGUGUCACGGGGGCACAUUCUUUGGGCACAACUAUUGUAGUACUGGUUUGGUUUUUGACGAAACUCUACAGCUGUGUAAUUGGCCUAUCAAUGUGGCUCCACCUUGUGGUACAUAUGGAACACGAUAAAAGGGGCCUCCUGAAACGGCCAAGAAAUCUUCGUGAUAAUACUGGAGAUUUUAUAACAAUGCCUUUUAUAUACAAUAAAACAACUUAAUCAUGUAAUAGCCUAUAGUCGCCUGUGUAAAUUAUAUAAGAUUUUUAUUUUAUCCAUUUUCCUUGUUAUUCAUUUGGGCUUU